CACAAAUCCCGCCCCGCCCGAUCUCCACUAUUGCUGACUUUAGGUCCGCGCAGGAUAAGCCGCAGCUGUCUCUUUUCAAGCAAUCUUUCUCAUAAACUACAAAUACCCCAUCCGCCACGGUCGGAUUUGGAAGGUCCGGAAGCUUGAGUGUCAAAUUUUUAUCCAUUUCCCGAACAACCAGAGGUUCCUGAGUCAGGCUUCCGUCUUACCAGCGACAAUGACCCUUAAAGCAAUCGUGUUCGGUGGAAACGGCACGAUCGGCCGUUUAAUCACGAGGUAUAUGCUGGAGCGCUCGUGGCACGUUACAAGUGUUGUCAGAAGCUCUAGGCAGAGCGCUGAAAUCUUGCAACUUGGAGAUGGCCUCGCCAACCGCCCCGAUGUGGUUGUUUGUGACCUUCUGAGUCUUUCUGAAACAAUAGCUGGGGAAAUCUUCCAGGGAGUCAAACCGGACUGCGUUGUUUUCACCGCAAGCGAUUCUGCGAACUAUGAAGCCAUUGAUUGCAACGCUGCCAAGAUGCUAAUCAAGGUCUCCGCAGGACACACAAGCGUGAGAAAAUUCUUGGUUAUAUCAUUUCCUGCUAGUCGUCGGAAGCGGGCACCCUGGUGGAAUGAUAAGGAGUGGGCGGAUCAUCUGAAAGAGAAAAAGAUGUUUCCUGUCGCCGCCAAAAUGAAGGUGCAAACGGAUGAAUAUUUGCUAUCAGUGGCAAAUGCUAAGCAGGCAAAGGGGCAGCAUUUCCAAGGCAUCUCCUUGAGGCCGACGUGGUUCGUUAGCAAGCCUCCGACGGGCAAAAUCACGUUAGGACACACCACAGCAUUAGGUCAAAUUGCCGCCGGCGACGUAGCCUUGACAGCUAUCAGUCUUCUAUCGAGGAAUGACACUAAUGGAUGGUUUGAUGUCAACAAAGGGUCCAAAGAUAUUGAGGAGGCUGUGGAAGAGGCAGUGCACAAAAGCUUGGAUUCCUCUCAAGGGGAAGACCUUGAUCGCAUCUAUGAGUUAGCACGAGACGAGGUAUGA